AUGCCGAAAGAGUACGUGGAUGCAAAGUUCAAGCUCCAAGCCCUCGGCCUGGAACCCGCCGUGAUCUUCCCCGGCGGUGCUAUCGCCCCAACAGGUUUGAAGAUGCAGAAAGAGGAUCCCUCGGUACCCUCGGACCCCGCCUUCUCAGAGUUGUUCCACCACCCGAUCUUCGACGAACCCCCGCGCGAGUUCAAGCCCGACUGCGCAGAUAAGAUCUCGCACUACUACAAUGGCUUCUGGCAAACCAUUAUCAAGUACACCAUCUGUCUUCCACUUACGAUCGCUGAGAAGACCAACUCGUGCGGGUGCUCUGAAAAGUUAAGCGAUGAGGCGCUUGAGAUUUUCAUCACAGGAAUGAUUCAGGGCAUCGUCGAUUUGAACACCGAAAAGCCUCACUCCCCCGCGCGGCAACUGGCUGUCAAUAUGUUCGCCGAAGGGUGCUGGGACGGCCCGACGCUAGUUGGUGUACUCGCACCCGUGAUUAACGAAGCGGUGAAUGACAACUGGUACAACAUUCGCACCAACACGUACAGCAAACAAACUGGAACCGCGGUCCUUGAGUUAAUUUUUGAGGCCCCUGGUUACACCCCAGAAGUCGAGCGAGCCACGAUCUUAAAGAUGAAGCAGUUGAUCUUACAGAAGUGCGUGCUGUGCUGCAACGGACCUGUUACGGCGUGGAACAACGAAGAGGCGAAGGAAGGUGCAAAGCAGAUCGGCAAGUGGAUUAUGGGCAAAAUUGGCGGCAUCGGCGGCGCCGUGGAACUCGCCUCGUCGAUGGUCUGA